AUGAUGAUGUUUGACGAUGAUGGCAUGAAUGACAACAGAGCGAAUGAAAAUUUGAAGUCAUUAACAACACUGAUGAGUGACUAUCAUUUUUCUCAACCAACAGGAUCGAUAACAAACGAUUGCUAUUCUCAUGCAUAUUAUCCGUGUGAUCCACAAUGGUCAGUGACGCCGACUACAGUUCGGAAUCCGCCACUUAUUAUCAGUCGAAAUGGAAAAGUCAAAUCCUCGCGACAUCGCACAGCCAGUGUUGCUCAACGUCGUGCGGCGAAUGUUCGUGAACGUCGACGUAUGUUUAGUUUAAACGAAGCAUUCGAUCAACUGCGCGAAAUUGUUCCAAUAUUUGCUUAUGAAAAAAAGUUAUCUCGCAUCGAAACACUUCGACUAGCCAUCAUCUACAUUGCAUUCAUGACAGAGCUCGUUCUCAGUGGUAAAACAGUGGACGAAGCCUCCCUAAACGCGAACGUUGUCUUAAGUCAAUGGACGAAAUCAUGUACUUAUCAAACACAUUCAUCAUCGAUUUGUGAUGAUACACCAACAAGUUGUGGAACAUCACAAGUCAUUUACCUUUUCUCUUUCCUUUGCCGAAUCAAUCGUUUCACUUCCGACGACAACGAGAAAUUAAGCUCGAUCAAAACUCAUCUAAAACUGGCGUACUAUUCCCAAUAUGAGGACCUUGGUCCAACAUCAUCGACUUCACUUCCAUCAGUUGCAUAUCAACAUCCAUCCGCCUAUUCCACUUCGGCUACAUGGUUUAAUGGAAUAUCUGACGGUGAUCAUCAUGCUCAACAUCAUCAGACGUCGUCUCCACCACCACUCACAUCCUAUCAUCUAACCAAUCAUGGAGACUUAAUAUCUGAUGUGUAUCGUGUGCCUCAUGAGAAUGUCCAUACUAGUACAUUCUAUAUGCCUUAUCAAACAACAGUUUUGAAUUCCGACAAUGAUGAAAAUGAUGUGGAGGAAGGCUCAGACGAUGAUGAUGACGAUGACGACGAUGAAGAUUCCACAUACCACGUUGCUGCAAUAGCAACAUCAGGACAACGUCGUCAAACACGUCCAAAUGGUUCGAAGCGAAAACGAAAACGUGUUUUAAAUGGUGUACAACGUGCCGAAGCUACUCAACGUGAAAAACGACGCAUGUUGAAACUCAAUCGAGCAUUUGAAGAUCUGAGAAAAGUUUUACCAGUUACGGAAUUCGCACGAAAUAAAUUAUCACGUUCAGAAACAUUGAAGUCAGCAAUUGAUUAUAUUAAUUUAAUGUUUGACAUGCUAGACGCUGCAAAAAAUCAUCAUCAUCAUCAACAGCAUCAUCAUUCUCAUCCGUCAUCUUGUUUGUAG